GAUGCUGGAUCGUGGAGCAGCAGCAGCUCCUCAGUCAGUCCGUCGCUGCAGUCCAUCAGAGCAGCCGGUCGUCAACAUCCUUACAAUCUUCGUGGAGCUGUACCGCUAUGUGGCUCUGAACUGACGGCGAGCGGUGCAGCCGCAGCUGGUUCACGACAGCGCUGCAAAUUUGCAUGGACAUGAGGAUAUUUGCCAGCGUGAUUUCUUCCAAAAGGCGGACCGGGAAUCCUAACUGGCUUCGAUUUUCACCGAGCAAAUGAGAAAAGAUUGGUCAUGACCUUUUUCCUGUCGACUAGUCACUCCUUCACUGAGGGACCUCGACACUGUUUUGUUUCCAGACUUACCAACACCGGGAUGAGAUAAUAAAGUCGGCCAGCCGGCGCAUGCUGCUACAACACCAUCUGUGGCACCUGUAAACCCCACCCCCAGUUUACAUUCAUAUCAACGGUCAAACUAUGACAACGCCGACUCUACUGCCACUGUCGGGCCGCAGGAUACCCACACUGUCGCCGGGCGCCUCCUCCUUCCCGCACCACAGGGCAACGCUGAGGCUGUCAGAGAAGUUCAUCCUCCUCCUUAUUCUGAGUGCCUUCAUCACUUUAUGUUUCGGGGCCUUCUUUUUCCUCCCGGACAAUUCCAAGCACAAGCGCUUUGACCUGGGCUUGGAGGACGUGCUCAUUCCUCAUAUUGACUCACCCAAAGAGGGCAAGCAUGCUGCAGGACAGGCGGUCAUACAUGGAGAAGGAGGAUUUGACGAGCACAGACACAAAGAGGAGGAGGAGAGCCUACGAGACAAGAUCCGUGCAGACCACGAGCGAGCUCUGCAGGAGGCAAAGGAGAAGCUGCUGAAGUCACGUGAGGAGCUGAAGUCUGAGAUUCAGACGGAGAAGACUAAAGUGAUGGAGGACCUGAAGAAAAAGGAGACAGGGCCUAAACCCUUACCACCCGUCCCCAUGCCGAAGGUGGUGGGCACCAGCGAUGGAGAGCCACCAGAGCCUGAUGUUAAAGAGAAGAGAGACAAGAUCAGAGAGAUGAUGAAGCAUGCGUGGGACAGCUACAGACAAUAUGGCUGGGGUCACAACGAACUGAAGCCCAUCGCUAAGAAAGGACACUCCACAAAUAUCUUUGGUAAUUCUCAGCUGGGCGCAUCCAUUGUGGAUGCUUUAGACACGCUGUACAUCAUGGGUCUGCAUGAGGAGUUCAAGGACGGCCAGGAGUGGAUCGAACAGAAUCUGGACUUCAGUGUGAAUGCCGAGGUGUCGGUGUUUGAGGUGAAUAUUCGAUUCAUUGGAGGACUGUUGGCUGCGUACUACCUGUCUGGACAGGAAGUCUUCAAACUGAAGGCGGUUCAGCUGGCUGAGAAGCUCCUUCCUGCCUUUAACACCCCCACUGGGAUCCCCUGGGCCAUGGUCAACCUGAAGAGCGGAGUCGGACGCAACUGGGGCUGGGCUUCGGCAGGCAGCAGCAUCCUGGCUGAGUUUGGGACCCUCCACAUGGAGUUUGUUCACCUCACCUACCUGACAGGAAACCCUGCCUACUACCAGAAGGUGAUGCACAUCCGGAAGCUGCUUGCCAAAAUGGACCGACCCAACGGGCUCUAUCCAAACUACCUGAACCCGCGCACGGGCCGCUGGGGCCAACAUCACACUUCAGUUGGAGGACUAGGGGACAGUUUUUAUGAGUACUUGCUGAAGGCGUGGAUCAUGUCCGACAAGACCGACACAGAAGCUCGCAAGACCUAUGAUGAUGCCAUCGAGGCCAUCGAACGCCACCUCAUACGCAAAUCCAACAGUGGCCUGACGUUCAUCGGUGAGUGGAAGAACGGCCACCUGGAGAGGAAGAUGGGUCACCUGGCCUGCUUUGCCGGCGGUAUGUUUGCGUUGGGUGCCGACGGCUCGCCGGACGACAAGGCCGGACACUAUUUGCAGCUCGGAGCCGAGAUCGCACACACCUGCCACGAGUCCUACGACAGGACAGUCUUGAAGCUCGGCCCAGAGGCCUUCAAGUUCGACAGCGGCUUGGAGGCGGUGGCCGUUCGGCAGAAUGAGAAGUACUACAUCCUGCGACCGGAGGUCAUCGAGACCUACUGGUACAUGUGGAGGUUCACCCACGAUCCCAAAUACAGGCAGUGGGGCUGGGAGGCGACACAGGCCAUUGAUAAAUACUGCCGGGUGAGUGGAGGUUUCUCUGGAGUGAAGGACGUCUACUCUUCCAACCCAACCUACGACGACGUGCAGCAAAGCUUCUUUCUGGCCGAGACGCUCAAGUAUCUGUACCUGCUGUUCUCCAGCGAUGACCUGAUGCCAUUGGAGAGCUGGGUUUUCAACACGGAGGCUCACCCUCUUCCUGUCCUCCACCUGGGCAACAUCACCCUCCCCGGCAGCGAGCCUGCUCAGCGGUAGACAGACUGGCCUUCCUCCUCCUCCUCCUCCUCCACCACCACAGCACCAGGGGGCGCCACCUUUCUGCCCACCUGCCUGCUCGCCAAAAGACAACAAAACAAAGAAAAGAAACACCCACCAACACCGGACAAAUUUUUCUUUCAGACUUUAAUCUGAAAACGGAUCUGCAGACAUGAGCCAGAGGAGAAGGAGAGCGCUGCAGAGAGGACCGCCUCCCACUCUCCGUUUCUUCUUCUACGUCCUUCUCUUUGACAUCUGUCGAUCUGUGUCACCCUGCUUCGGCGGGUGUGCUGCUCAGCCUCCGUUUGGCUUCAGCUGACUCUGAGCUCCGAACCAGAGGCUUGAUUUAGUUUCUUUAUUUUUUAGACUUUAUGUGACCAAACUUUGCUCCCAUUCAGACUUGAGCUGAAGCACUGAGCGUGCAUCCAGAAGGAUUACACGAUCAGACAGUUUGACACUGAGCUGACGGAAGCUUUUGCUUUGUUUUUUCCUCCAGGUUGACAGACACGAGGACUUUACAGGUUCUGUUGAUGAAUUGUGUCUUUUUCUGUUUUGGAAAUUAAUAGAGACUGGGUUGAAUCGAAGCCCUCCGUUUCUCCGUGACCCACUCCCAGUCCACUUCCUGUCUCUUCACCAGUUGAACCCUGACCUGGAAAUGUUACAGAUCACCUUGUGACUGCAGGUGGUGACAGCACCUCCUUUAAUCCUCCAUUUUCAGAGAAGUGGACCACUGUUAAUGAAACAGUAAUUACACAUGGACUGCAGCAGGCCUCCUCACCUCAACAUCCUUCCAGUUCCUCCUCCAGUUUAAGACCAUUUCCACCACUCUGCUGCUACUUGAUUGGAUGCUGCUUCUCCAUCUCUUUUUACAGUUUCCUGAUCAUGUUGUUGUGUUGUUUUUUUUCACAAAUCACGUCAUAUUCAGUCCACGCAUCCUGAAACGAGGCUCGUUCUCAGCCCUGCUUAUGUAAGUCUGUGUUUGUGAGGUUGAAAUAAACCUCUGCUGUAAAUCAUUUGUUUGUGCACUUUGUACGGGACGAUGAGAAGAAGAGAACACCAGAGGUGUAGCGCUGAAGAGCUGAAUAAAUGAAGAAAUUCUGCCUCCCUGCUGAGCUUUCAUCUCACAUUUUCUUUGUACAUCCACCAAACAUCAUCAGUUUCUUCCAUUAACUCAUCACAGUGUUGCAAUUCUCCAUUUUUUCAAUUGUUAUCCUAUAAAAAAAACUUUCUUGCUUCUAUUUUAGUCUCAAACUCUCCAAACCAUGAAACCCAACAAGAAUUUUGGUGUCAUUGUUCCUUAAACCGGUCAUUCAUUAUAUUAUUGCUUCAUUUUAUAAUCUCUUGAAAACGCCUGUCCUGGGACUUGCAGCUCCUGUAUUAAGCUACAAAUCUGCCCCCUUCUGUUACCUUAAAGCCCCACACAGAGCAGCUUUUUCUUAUACUUCCUGACUUCUAAAUGCUGCCCUAAAACUCCAAAUCUGUGCAGUUAAAUGCGAGUUUAUUCUGACAGGUUAAACUUUCAAUGAUACCCAAACUUGAACCUUUGAGUCUUGGAAACAUUUUUUUCAAAACAGCAGCCGGGAAAAAAAGCCGACAUCAGACAGAACAAAAAGGAACAAAAACUCGAGCAGUUUCAUCUGAAAUGAUGUGAAAGUGGGAAUAAACUCAAAGAUAACCACAAAAGUAAAACCAUAUCGGAGAGAAAGUGACCACAGGGAAGAAUCUAAAGGCCAAUAAUCUGUAAAUAAAACCGAGCAGUCUGCUGCUAUGGGAUGGCCUCUGUUUCUGUUAGUGUUAGAAAAAAAAUAAACACAUUUAAAUAUAAAUAUAGAAUAAGUUGGAUUCUGUUUCUAAUUAGAUUGAGCCAAAGUCUUUGUAUGUUUCUUUUUUCUUUAAACUUUAUUAAAGGGAAACAGGCUAACAAAGCAAAGUUUUGCUAAACAAACAUGCUUCCAGCUCCUUUAGCUAAAGUGUAAAAGCUACAUGUUUGUAUGUCACUAACAAAAUGUUAUGUUUGUUUACAGCAUCACAAAAUGUGCUCUUAGUUUAAAAAAAAAAAGUGUGCUUGGUUACAGAUGUUAGCUAACUAACUAAGAGUCCCUGGAUGAUGCAUUUUUCUUUGCUUUCCACGUCACAGAAUCCUUGUUUUGUGCCUGCUUAGAUUCACAAGUUCGUCCCCUGACUUAUUCCUGGUGAAGAUGGCGGGGUCGCGUGGCAGCACUGGAGGUCAGAUUUACAACAGACAGCUUGUUUCUGACUGCAGUCAUACGGCACAUUAACGCAGACUCGUCCCCAAGGACAAGCAGAAAAAUUAUUAAAAAAAAAUAAGAAUGAAUCUCUCAGAGCAACAUUUUGUGCUCGGCUGUAAGAAUUACAGGUUUCUUUGAAAGUUAGAACAAUCAGCAGCUGCCUUGUUUAUUUCUUUUCUCAUGCAUGUACUAGUAAACUGACGAAACCUCAUCAUUUAGUGUUAAAUCCUCAGUUAGCGAAGCAGCGCUUUUUACCAACCACUUCUGCAGCUGCUACAUUAGUGACUAAUUUAAGGCUAAACUCCAGCUUAUUACAUUUACUUUCCUUCCAGCUCCACCGAUCAGGCUGCUUCAUGAGCUCAUUAGUUUGGUUUCUACAGUUACGUGUAGUGAUCUCUACCCAGUUUUCAACUUCAAGUAACUCAUUUUGUUUUAUUUACCAUUUAUUUAACCAGCAAAAAGCUAAAGUUGACCCUUUUAUUUUCCAUUAAGAAGUCCCCUGGCCAGUAGAGACAGCAACAAAGUCACCGAUGCAGCUCCAGCCUGAACUUUCAAAGAUUUUAAAGCACUUGAUCAUUUUAUUUCCCCUACUUCUCUCUUCUUCAGUCAUCAGCAGCAAACAGUCACCGUACACAUCCCCCUCCAUCUCUAACAUCAUGCUGACAUCAUCACCAUCUAUAUAUAAUAAGGAGGAAACUUGGGCACCCACGAAGUUGCUGGGAGCGAUGUUGAUUUUGAAAACUUGAGUGUUCUGUAUUUGUAUUUUUACUGGACUCAAAAGUAAAAUUAAAGUAUCUGUAAAUAUGUUUAAAACUGAGACACAAAUUCAAUAAAGAUGUUAUGAAAAGUGA